UUAAGGUCGAAUCUAAGCAGGUCUACUCUUAUUAUAGGCCUCAGUUGUUCACAUCUCAUUUCUCGAUUUAUUCCUUCUUCACCUCUAUUGAAUUGGAAUUGAAAAAAGGUUGCAAGAAAUGGCUAAUCGUUCUCUAGUUUCCCUUUACAAGUACCUUUUCAGGCACCCUUUUCAAUCAUCUGCAAAACCUACGUCCCCUUUUCUCUUUAAAUCCCUUUCUCCGCUUCAAACUCAACUCGUGGCCAACUCUGUCCCAUCUCCGAGACCUGCCUCUUUUCGAUUCCCAGUCUUCCAAACCUCACAGGUUCAGCACCCAAUUUACCACAUCCUGAGGAAGUACAGUUCUGAGUCACCAGCAUCCAAGUUGGAUGUGAACAAGGAGGUGGACUCGAUCAACCUCAAGUUUGCAGAGGCAAGAGAAGAGAUAGAGAUGGCAAUGGAGUCUAAAGAGACCGUUUAUUUCAACGAAGAAGCAGAGUGUGCUCGUGCUUCUGUUAAAGAGGUUUUGGACAUGUUUGAAGGGCUUUUAGGAAAGCUACCAGAGGCCGAAAAGGCUGCUUUGCAACGUUCAAUGGGACUUAAGAUUGAGCAGCUCAAGGCUGAGCUUCAACAGUUGGAUGAUUGAUGAGAAAGAUGAUCCGAGAUAAUAAGUAGAAAGGGAGGAUCCAGAGGAUGAGAUGUUUUGUUUCCCCUAGUAUCUUCAACGGUGUAUGAUUUGUUAUCAAGUCUGGGAAGUUUAUGGUAUGGAUUUCUAUUACCCUUCCACCCUUUUGUUUUCUUCAUGCAGGAUUUGUUUGUUUUUUGUUCUUAAACUUUUUUGUUGGCUUAAAAGUUUGUUGUGAAGUGUCUUUCAUUGUUCUACCUUUGAAUCACUCCGUGACAAGAUUCUUAGGAGUUUUAUACAUUGGUUGCUACAUAUGUUUACCAUGUCUUAUACCUUACUACUACUUGGUCGAUGUUGCAUCACUUCUUUUACUUAAUUUUUAAAAGCGAAUAUAAUGUCUAUUGAACCCGGGCUUGGUCCAAUUGUAUCUUUCACAAACUCAGGGAUGUGAUCUUGGUUUAUGUUGGGCGAUUAAGAUUUGACCGUCCAAUUGAGACAGGAAUAGCCUAUGCAUUGCUGCACGUGCAUUUGCAUUGCAAUUGUUCCUACUUCUGCCAAAACUUUGUUUUAUCUUUUACAAAUAUGGUAGCUUUUGUUGCAUGUUCAUGGAAUCUGAAAUGAUGUUUUGCCGACAUAUCCCGUUUCUGAACAUGAACAUCUAAAGCAACUAUGUAGGCGAUUGUUGUCUCCAUAUAUAGAUUGAUAAAGACUAUAUAUAGACUAUAUAUAGAUUGAUAAAGCAGUUGAUUUCUCAGAGAAUGUGGGGAAAAGAGAUUGUUGUCUUUUUGCUUCCAUUACAGGUUUGUUGUUCAUCCUAUUUGUAAUAAAAUAUCACAUACUGUCUGUUCCAAAACCAUGUCGGUUUGCAGUUGUAAUAUCAGAAAGAGGUUGAAGAAAAUGCAUGGGGGAUGAAAGGCCAUGUGAAGGAAACAUUAGAAAUAAGGGUUCGAUAUGGAAUAAAAGAAGUGACAACUAUGGAUUUAUGGUUCAAUUCUAUUUAUAAAAUGCAUAGGUGACUAAUGUCUAACGGUGUUAAUGAAAGUGUUGAAUCUGCAAAAUUCAGUCAAUAAA